AUGUCUUACUACAUUGGCUACUCGCAGCGAGAGAUCUACAAAAAACGGUGCAACGAGCUGGGCUGUGCGUGCAACUCCGCAGUGGUGCGGCUGCUCUCUGAUGUGCCAGGUGAGGUGACCGGCCUUACCUCACUCGACCUAUCCCGCAACUUUCUAGGCAGAAAAGGUAUUAUUCCACUUUUGGACGUCAUCGAGAGCGCGGUGCAGCUGCGCAGUCUCGACCUACGUGACCAGCAGCUCAGCAAUGACACUGUGGAGGUGAUUUGUGCGCGCCUCCGACGGCACCCCUCCCUGCUGAAGCUGAACCUGUCAAACAACCCCAUCACCCUCGCCAUCUCCUCAGCGCUGCUCGAGCUGGCGAAUCAGAACUCUGUUCUGCAGUACAUCUACCUGGAGAACACACUCGUGCGCCCCUCCAUGGUGACGGCGAUUGAGGUUCAGCUCGAGAAGAACCGGACACUCGCCAGAGCUGCGUCGGCGGUGUCGCAGGUGACUGACGGUAAGUCGCGUCGAAUUUUUGUCAUCGCUUCUUCAGUCGCCGGGACGUGUGCGGUCGGUUCCAAGCCUGGUAGUCCAAGAGCCGAACAGGCGGUAUUGUCCACUCCCGUCGGUAGCGGCAAGUCUGCUGCUGCGAUGCUCCUCCGUGAUGCUCAUGCAGCACUUACCGCAGCGGGUAGCACCGGGUGGCGCCAGCGCAUCCCAGCACACGAGCUGCAGCACGUCUUCCGUUCCUACACCCACGCCGUAGCCGACUUUUUGUUCGACGUGAAUCCCACGAAAGAUGCCUGGGCGUGGUGCGAGGAGCGACACUACGUGUUUGACGACGAUCAGUUCAACUCGCACAACGACCAUUUGCACAGGACGGCGCGGCACACGUACGGCAUCGCGGGCUGGCGGCGCGUUGGAGAGCUCUACCCUGAUGCCACGCUCUUUGGGUGGGAGGGUGCGACAGCGCAUGCGAACGACACGGCACGGCAGGCUGCACCCAGCAUCAACGGCACUGGUGCACAGGACACCUGCGAAGAUCCGGUAGAAGACAUAAUGGGUGCUGAGAGGGCGGCUGCGGGCAAUGGCCACCGCCGCAGCGACGCGGCGUAUUCGCACGCCGACUCGGUCUUCUGGCAGCUCCCUACAGAUGUCCCCGAAGGGUUCACCUGGACCUUCACAGCACUCAUGGCGAGCGUGAAGGAGAUCCAGUCGCUGCACGCCCUUUUCUGCGCAUCCGCUGCAGGGCUUCCAGACGGCGGGACGCGAGUGCAGCGAGGCACUGCUUGCCCGGGCAUCUACACCAUGCGAAUGUUUGUCGAGGGCCAGUGGCGUUACCUUCUCGUGGAUGACUUUUUACCGGUGGACAAGUACGGCCGGCUGAUCUUCACGAAGCCCUCGAUGGACGACAAGGCGUUCUGGCCAUGCAUCUUCGAGAAGAUGCUGGCAAAACUGCACGGUGGCUACCACGUCUUGGACGCGCACUUUGACAAACACCACGUCGGCAUCGACAGCCCGAACAUGCGCAAGCCCAUCGCCUGGCUGUUCCUGGGCAAAGAGAACCUCCAGCGGGCGAACGACGGUGCUGGUGGCGGCGGCGACACUGAUUGGGGCACCGUACCAGACGACACGCUCAUCUGUGCAGAGGUGGCGAAGAACUGCGGCCGUGUCAUGUCACGCCUCACGAGGGGCAUCUACGAAAGCUAUCAGCUACACCCGGUGGAGCAGGCGUCGACGACGCUGUUCGAGGGACUGCACAAGGUUCUCGGGGUACCUCUGUGCAACGCAGACGCGCGAGAGGGAUGCGGCAACCCACCGUGUGAUCGACGAACGGCGUCUGUGAAGCGGUCGUUUCUCGACAGUCGCAGCGUUUCCGUGGACUCCCCCGCCGGCGCGUCCGGCGUGUCGUCGUAUCUGACUGCCGCUAUUGCUUUCAGCAGAGAUGCGUCACGGACGUUUGGCGGCAUUCACCCACGCUGCGGCUACCAAAUUGUGCGCGUGUGCCACGCGGGUGGAGUACGUCUGCUUGAGCUGCGCAAUCCUUGGUGCGGCAUGGAGAAAUGGACGGGCGACUGGGCGGACGAUUCGCCACUGUGGAAGAAGCACCUUGAGGUUGCCGGGUUACUGCUGACGGGCGCCCGCAGUGCCAGACGCACGCAGAAGGGCGGCAACAACCUCCUGGAGCUACCCGAUUCCGCUUCGACACUGACGAACACGCCACUGAAGCGCUCGCUGCUGACGGCGUUAGGCGAGAUGGGAGGGUCACUGGCGGAAGCGUCGUCAACGACGCCUGUGUGCUCCGUGACGAGCCCCUCCGGGCGCGCUGCGGCGACGCGGCCGCACGCGCAAAAGUCCACCUUCUGGAUUUCCUACACGGACUUCCUGCAGAACUUUGAGUGGGUGCACACGUGUUGCGUCUUUGGUGACGAGAUUUACCGGCAGGACGUGCACGGCGCGUGGACACGCGAUUCGGCCGGCGGCAACGCACGUGAGCCUUCGUGGUACAGGAACCCGCACUAUAGGCUCUCCUUCCCCUACCGGACGACGGUUCAUGUGCAGCUGACACGGCGCGACCCGCGUCUUCGUAGGACCCGCGGCGCCGUACGCGGGCAGGAGGCCGGCGUUGGUGGUAUCGGCUUGCAGCUUCUGCGUGACACGCACUACCCACUGCACUGUCCUACGAUGAGUCGAAGACAGGCGGAAACUAGCACAGCUGCUUCCUUGCCCAUGAGCUCCGUGGAGGACAUCGUCACCGGCAAUCAAGAGGAUGAUGGCAGCAUAAAGGAGGCACUGGGUAGCAGGGACCUCGGCGCCAGCGACCGUGGCUGCGGCUGCGCGUUUUCCUCUGUUCUCUCCUCUGAGGAGCGCCAACGUAGCGAUUGCUUGUCGCUGGGAAUCCUGCUCGACGCCGGCGCGCAGUACUGGAUUGUGCCGACCACAUACACGCCGAGGGUGCUGGACGAGUUCGACCUCGUCGUCACCUCGACCUCACCGUUUAUAUUGCAAGAGGCACAGGAGUCACAGUAUUGGGAUCAGCGAACGGUACCGUCAGAGUUGCUCUGCUGCGCUUCCGCUAGCGCACAAGAGGUGGAGCGGAACGAGGGUGAGGUGGCCAUCGUUUUCGACUCGCAGUCCCGCGUCUCGAGAGAUGCGAACCUUCUGCUCGAAAAACAAACGCAAAGAAGCAGCAGGCGCCUUGUGCGCAACUCCAUCAGUCAUUUCAUGGAGACAAAGCUGACCACGGUAUCUAGCGCGACGUGUCGCGUCGUCGUCGCUGCGACAAUGCACCUCGCGGCGGCGGGUGAGGACGUGAUAAACUUUGGUGUCGACGAGGCGUACAAGCAGCGUUCGGUGCCGGCGGAGGACAUGUACGGUACACCGACUCUGCAACUCGCAAUCGUGCCGGGCGAGGUUGACGGUGAAGGCCGCCCCUCCCGCAUCGUCGGCGAAAUCGAUCCUCACGCUGCGCACACGUACGUGUUCGACCGUCACACCGUCCUUGAGACGACCAUUACGCCUGUUCCUCACAGUAGUGUCGAGUACUACACUGUCAUAUGCUCCAUUCACCCGGCAGGGACACGUGUGCACGUGGAUUACCGGGUAUGGUGCGCCGCGCCGCUGCUCGAGGUGAUGAGUGUGCCGGCGUGGUCAGAGCAGGAGGUGGCGCUGUGCUGGGAUCACGAGAAGGGCAGUGGCAACUACUACGAAGGCACCGGACACCCGCAGGUGGAGCUGUCAAAAUUGCGGCCGUUUCAGCGAUUCGCCAUAUCGCUGCGGAUGGUUGACUACGACACCAUCGAGCCAGCUAUCAUGUUCUCUGUAAUCUGCAACGAUCGACAGCGAGGGGAGCCGGUGGAGGGGCGGCUGGGGAACCAAGCCAUGCUUUCGCAAUCCGCGUACGUCAACGGCACCUAUGUGCAGGCCAGCUUCGACCUCGAUGAGCACCCGCCAGAGUCGCUGAUCAUUGUCUCAUGCCUGCAGCCGACCGGCUCAAAAGGGAGGUGUGUUAUGACCAUCUCGUCCGAUUCGGCAGAUUAUCGCGUUCACCCGUUGCGCGUGGCUACGGCAUACCCACUGUAG